AUGAGUGGGCCAAGUGAAUUUCGUGACAUUUCACAGCCAGACAAAAUGUCUACAAUUUCUCCAAAGACAAAGAAUAAAAAAGGCAAAUAUGUAAGCAGCGGUCAAAAGAUCAUUGUCAUCAAUAUGUACAAAGAUAUUAUAUCGCAAUCUUCGGAUGUGAAGUAUGAUGACAUGAUUACUAACAUAUCACAAACCACGGAUAUAGAUAGUCAAACAAUCAGCAGAACCAUAGCAGAGUAUAAAAGGACGAAAACUGUCAGUUCUCCUAACAAAAAGCGUGCAAAGAAAUCUCUUUUCGAUAAAAUUAACGAUUUAGAUCGCAAUGGAUUACGUAUUAAUGGAAAACCUUGGAUACCUACAAAGAAUAGUGUCAUUUGUAGUGCUCAUUUUGUUGGAAAUAGGAAAUCACUUGAUCCAAGGAGCCCUUCAUAUAUACCAACAAUAUUUCCAAAACUUUACAAAAAAAAAUUGAAUGAUCCAUUACAGCAAAGUGCAAGAUAUGAAUUUAGUAUUUGUACACAAGUAGCAUUUGAUGUGCCUGAUGAUAAUUUUAUUUUUUCUUGUGAUUUUAAUGGUAAUAGUGUUAACACUCAAUUAUCAAUACCUAAAUCAUUUCAUAUCUUUAUUAUACCUACAAUGGUUGAAAAAUCUUGUGGGUUAGAUUUUGAACAAUCAACAUUUUGUUUUUCUAAAAUUGCAUUUCAUGGAUAUGAUUCAAUCAAGUCAGAAAAUUCAUUAAAAGACUUAACUGGCACAACUUUUCAAAUAUUUAACUUUUUAUUGGGACUUUUACCUCAAAGUAAUAGAUUAAUUAUUAGUAAGGAAAAUACUCUUUUAAUUUGUUUAAUGAAAUUAAAACUUGGGCUAACGUAUUCAUCCUUAAGCUCAUUUUUUUCAAUUCACAGAACAACUGUUAGCAGAGUUUUUUCAAGUCAGAAAUGUAAACAUUUAAUAUUUUGGCCAUGUAAAAGUACAAUAAUAGAAACGUUACCAGAAGUUUUUAAAAAAAAUUAUCCAAAUUGUAGGUGCAUUAUUGACUGCACAGAAAUUCGGACAGAACAGCCUAAAACUGUGGAACAGAGGGUUUGUAUGUAUUCACAUUAUAAAGGAGGAUAUACCAUUAAAGUACUUGUUGCCAUUACACCAAAUGGAAUGGUUAGCUUUUUGUCUAAAUCGUAUGGUGGUAGAUCCAGUGAGAGUUAUAUCACUAACGAUUCUGGUUUUUUGAAUAAACUUGAACCUGGUGACCAGGUUCUUGCGGAUAAGGGGUUUCCAGGGAUAAAAACAGGUGUUGAUGAUCAAAAUAGUAUUCUUGUAAUUCCCCCCAUGCUCCAUAAUGGUAGAUUUACCGAGGAAGAAGUUCUAAGCACUUCUAAUGUUGCUGGUGUAAGAAUACAUAUUGAGAGGCUUUUUGCUAGGUUAAAAACAUUUAAUAUACUUAAUAAAAUAACAUCUGAUCUAUUGGUAUACAUAGAUAACAUUUUAUUUAUGUGUUGUGUCUUCAUGUUCAUAUUUUAA